AUGGGUCGUGACUUUAGUUUUCGACUCUUAUAUCGAGUCGCUUUCUUUUCCUUCUGUCUGAUUUUCGCCUGUUUUUAUCCUGGUGGUGGUUCAGUGUAUGACAGGCGAGAAGAUAAAACAGAACCGAACAAAUUAAAAUAUGAAUUUAAAGGUAACCCCGUGAAUGUUGACAUUUCUCUCGAACAAGACGAACGCGUCUCUAACUUGACAGAAAAUUCGAAACAACUUGAUGGCCGCAAGGCGCGGAAGAAAACUGAUCUUUCAAAAAUGGCUAGAAAAGGUAAAUUUUGAAAAUCUGAGAAUGUUCGCACUUCGGAAGAAGCACUGAUUCUUAACCAUAAUCUAUUUUUAGGAACCGCGAUGAAAACACUCCGGAGUGAUAGAAUACGGAAAAGCCCAGAAGAUACCGUGUGCUAGGCUGUUUGUGGCAAAUAAGUUUAUGACGUAUAGCAUAAUUAUGAAUGCUACUGUUAAUAUCUAUCACUUAAGGCGAACAUUUUGUGGGAAUACGCUAGUGAAAUCUGAUGAACUGAAGAAGUGGAACAGGUUUUUGAAGUAUAGUUUCUUUAGCUGGGGAGUUCCCGUCAUUAUAACAAUUGUUUACACUGUACUAGUAAAGGAAGAUGUUCUAAGGUUUUAUGAACCUAUUGCGUCGGUGAAGAACGAUGUUCAGUCUGGCUUAAAGUUUUAUCAACGCAUUGUAUCUGUGAAUGGAGAUGCAACAGCAAAUAAUAUAGGAUUUAUCAUCAUAUUGCGUCCUUGAAGGAAGAUGUCCUUCGGUCAAAGUGGAGGUUAAAUCAAAGCACUGACACUGCACUUGAAGAUGCCCAGUCGAUGUUUAAUCAAAGCACUGUACUUGGGAAGGAAGAUGCGACGGAAGAUGAUGCAAGGAUUUAUCAACCUAUUAUAUCUUUGAAGAAAGAUGUUCAGUCAAGUUUAAAGUUUUAUGAACGGAUUGUAUUCGCGAAUGGAGAUGGGAAGGAAGAUGAUGCAAGGAUUUAUAAACAGAUUUCUGGAGAUUGUAUCAAUGGUCGAAUUACUCCCGAUUGGUCAGCUGAUGUUGAUGUAUAUGGCCUUCAAGGUUGUCUUUUGUUGUACAUUAUUGGAAUGUUCAUCCUCACUGCUUAUCGAAUUCGCCAAAAACUCAAGGCAAGCAGGAACAUUGCACAGAAAUCGAAUAUUGUUAAGCGUCAUAAAUUUGUCAUAUUGCUCAAGCUGUCGACCACUACAGCCUUAAGUUAUUGGUUUCCUCUCUUCAUAUCUAGAAUCGUGGAUUUUGAUAUCGACAUAAAGAUAGCGCUGUAUACUGUAACGUUGCUUACUGGUGCCUACAUUGGCAUUGCGUUUGUCUUCACACGAAGAAAUUAUCAGUUGCUCAAGAAAAAAUAUUUCCCAGCAAAGAAUAAACCGUCAGUUAACGAAAUUCCGCUGAAUAGACUAUAG